UGGUGAGACAAACUUGUGUGAGGAGGAACUGGUUUCCAAAAAAAAAAUGCACGUCUGCUAUUUGGAAGUACUUUGGAUUCAGGAGGGGUGACGUACUGCAAACUCAGUCAGAAUCUACAUUAUCACUGAAGAACCAUCAGUCAUCGGUCGCAAUUCAAGCAAAUACUUGGACGCCACCUCAUGGACUUCAACUGGAGGCUCCACAACAGACUUCCUGUAGCAGGAUGCCUAGGCCUACAGCACAGGGGCAAUAUUAUAUUGCACAAAAAUGGAGGUCAAAUCAACAAAAUAAUCAACGGUUUCAUUGGUUAUGGAACUGCCAGUCGUCCUCCCAGCCUGUUUCAAGUUCAUCUAAUUUGCAGUCGAGACAGAUGCCUCAAGUGUCGUUUUCUGACUUGCAGAAUCCGUUGCUUCUCAGAAAUUCCACUUUGAUGAGAUCUAUUUUACCAAAUAGACAGUUUGGACCAUUGCUAGCUGCUCCGCAUGGGACCCCCACUCAAAACCUCAGUCAUUAUCCCCAGACCUUGAAUAGAAAUACUGUUCCUCAGCAGAACCAUAAUAUGCCACCCUUGCACAGUGUCAGUAGUACAUCUACUGGUUCUUGUUUCCCUUUGGUUGAUAGCAAUGCAGGUUCUGCAACUGAUCAGAAUAACCUGAUACAUCAUUCAGUUCUACCUCAGUACCAGUCUUUGAAUGGACCUCAUAACAGAAUGCAGAUUGCCCAUCAACCUGCAUCUCGGCUGCAACAACCAGAUCUGUCUGUUCAGAGUUUGCCUAAUCAGGCACCACAGAAAAUUCAUGGUAAUCAAUGUCAGAUCAGUGGAGGAAAAGGAAAUGGUGCUUUAUAUAGCUCUGUUAACCAAUUCCCUGUUGCAUCACAAAGACUCAUCAUGCCAUCCCAGCCUUCAAACUACAGUCAUCAGACUGGUCAACCUUCAUCACAAAUCCAGCAUCAACCUUCACCCUACGGAAUGGAGAGCAAUUCUGAUAGUUCCAGUGAUUUAAAACACAGCAGAAAUCAGCAUCAAAGUUUAUCAAACCUACCUCAUCCCCUAUCAUACACAAGGCAGAAUUUUAUCAUUCAAAGACAGCCAGAUCAGAGGAUAAAUCAAAGUUUAUCAUUAAGUUUACCUCAGGACAAUGUCCAGCCCCAGACUCCACUGCAACAAUACAACACUAUACUGGUUUCUGGCAAUCACAGCAAGACAUGCCACCCUACUGUACCUGCCAUUCAAGGAAAAACACAGCCACAAAUUUUGCAAUCUUCUAGCACUCCUAUCAGUGAAGCACCACCUCCCAGCUAUAGAGAAUCUACUCGCAACUACUCCCAGCUAAUGGAUUUUCUGGUAGCAAAGGGCAAUACACAAGUGCUUGCUCAAAGGCAUGGCACUAGUCCUAUGUCUUGCCACAACACCAGCUUUACCACACAAGGGCAAACACCAAGCCACAUUACCACUAAGGCAAGCUACUCUACUCUGAUGAACCUACAACAGAUACCAGAAUCUGCCCCAUAUUGUAGUGUUCCUGCAGCCCUCCGCUGUAAAGAACUCCAAAGGGUGAGCAAGUACCAGACAGCUGUCAGAAGAACAGAAGAUGAACAUGUGCUUGGUAAUCAAUUGAAAGCACCAGAUGUUCAAAGUUUUGAAGGGAUGGAGAACAGAAAAUUGCAGACAGAUUCAAACACCAAGGGAACAGAUGAAUGUAAGGGCAAUAACAGAUAUGGAGAGGUACAGUACUGUGAGGAUGUAGCUGAAUCUCUAGAGCUGGUAUUGGCACUGCAGAAAGUACUUCGACAAUCCCAUAAGGCAGUAGCUGUAGUUCCACCCAUUUCUCAGCAGACCCCGAGUCCAGAAAAGAAUGAUCAUGAGAACACAAGUCCUGAUGACAGCCUGCCCUUCAAGAUCAGUGCUGUCUGUACUCUUGUUAAAGAGGGCAAGAAUGUGGAGCAAGAGUCAAAUGCACAGAGUCUACCCAAAGAAACCAUUGAGGAAUUACUGCAGUUGUCAGUACCAGACCCUGAAAUGCAGGAACUUGACAAACAUGAAGAUGGCUCUAUAGUUGACAGCCUAAUAUCGGAUACACAAAGCACUGACAUUCCUCAGUCUAAAACUGGCUCUACCACAUCUCGGGGCCCUGUUUGCUCUACUGUCUUGACAUCAAAAUGUCCAGAGGAUCAUAAAGUCAAAACUGGCAAAUCAAAUGGCAAUGUAGUUGAUUUGUCCAAGGUUCAAGUGCUUAGAUUUACACAGGAGAAGUUUCAUAACUGGGUGAAGUUGUUAGAAGUCCCACCAGAAGGAAGUGUAAAAGAGCCAGUAGCAGAUGUUAAGAAGUGUCUCUUGGAUCUCUUUUGGAAUGGAAACACAGAAAACUUAGUAAAACAAAUGAAUAUAUUCCCUGCAUAUAUAUCUGACUUCUUUUCCAAAGUGUCAAUAAAAGAAGUACAGACAGCAAUUUUUCAAUACAUUCAACCCAAAGACUUAAAGAUGCUGGAAGAUGGUUACCGCAUUCUGAAAAAUGACACAGACUUCCCAACUGAGGAAUUUAGAUCCUCAUGGUUGAACAUUGAUGAACAGCCAGCUGAUAUAGAAAAAGUUCUUGCAGAACAAAAUAUGGACUUCACUGAUUAUACUUUAUACAGAAAUUUCAGCACUAACAUUUAUUCAGAGUUUGAAUCUUCUACAAAGGUAAUCCCUGCACAAACUGACUGCCAGAUUGACAAGAUGAUUAACAAAGAGCUUGCAAACUCGCAGGUGUGUGAAAGUAAACCCACUGAACAAGUCUCCAACACACAAGAAGCAUCAGAGAAGCAAGAAGAUGAGAACCUUGAGAAGCAUCAGCAGCAAGAUGUAAACUUGAAUCCUGAAGAAUCUGCAGACUCAAAAGAAAUGGACACACUGAAUGAGAGCAAAAGCAAAACAGAAUGUGAACAAGUCUGCAGAGAUGCAAGUGAGGAUAUCAUUUCUUCUGUUGAACUUGUUGAGCAGAGAGAUCUUUGUACUGAUGAUGAUGAUGAUGAUGAUUCCAGCAAUGAUUCCCAACUAAUCGAACUCUCACUUCUGUCAUCUGAUGAUGCAAGAAUCAUUUUUAAGGAAUACUCUGGUUGUGACUUGCAGAAAAAGCCUUCUCAGUUGUGCCAAGAUGCAACUAAGGCUUCAGCCACCCGAGACCAUGAGUCUAGUAAUUUCUGCAAAUCAGCCAAUCGUAUCAAAUUCACUUGCCCUCAUGUGACUGGCAUCAACUGGGAUGGUGACCAUUUCUGCCCCAGAUGCUGGGAACAGACACCUUUACUGCAUCUAGAUCUGGAAGAAGCUCUGCUCAGCCCAACAGGGGGUAGCCCUGAGUUUGGUAAACCAGACUCAAAUUGUACUGUAUUGUCAGAGAGUAGCAGCAUAGCUGACUCACCAACUCCCGUAGUUGAUGUAUUUGAAGUGACCAUCUCAGAACCAGAUCCUUAUGCAAGUGAUGCAGUAGAGAGCUGUACAUCACUGUCUGGAAAAUCACCAGUUAAAGAACCACAGGCAUCCAUUCGCACUGAAACUGUUAGCUUCACUGUGCCAGUUGAUAAACAAGUCUAUGAGACCAGCAGUUCAAUGGGAGCAGAGUUACCCAAACCCCUAUCUUGUGCACAAAACAUUGAAAACCUCAAAAUUCCAAAGCAGACCAAAACCCCAAAAGAUGAAGUUUCUCCACCAUGCAAAAAGUUAAAACUAACCAAAACUACAGAAAUGCCUGCAGAAGAUGACCUUUUUACCACUGAUCUUGUGACCAAAAAAGCUAACUCCACAAAACCACAUCCAAGUGACUUUAACGUUACUCCAGCUGAAUAUGGCCAGAAUUGUAAAGAUGAAAGAACAGAAGGGGGAGACGAAAGUAAGUCUCCAAUCAGACUGAAAAUUCCAGUUAAUACUCAAUGUUCACAAUCUGGCAAACCAGACCCAACCAUGAACGUAUGCUCAGAGAGUAGCAGUGACUUUUCAAAUUCCUCAACCUAUGGAGUUAAUAUGAUUGUCACAGAACCAGACCCUAAUCUAGGUGAUUCAGAACCAAGCUGUAGUUCACAGUCUAGUAAAUCAACAGAUAAAGAAGCACAUGGACAAGUGUGCUUAGAGAAUAUGACAGUCAUUAUGCCAAUUGAAGAACAAGUUUGUGAGGCUAAUAUUUUGUCAGCGGCAGGGUUACCCAAGGCUUUAUCGCUCACACAAAAUGUUGAAAAGAGGAAGCCAGUUAUUUUGUCACAGAGCAAAACAUUAAGAAAAAAAGUUUCUCCACCACGUAAAAAGGUAAAUGUUACCAAAGCUACAUCAAUACCUGCUGAAGAUUACCUUUUCACCCCUGAUAUUGUGGUUAAAAUGGCUAGCUCCACAAAACCACAUCCAUAUAACCUCGAUGUUACUUCUCCUCUUUCUGUCUGCUGGCCAUCUUCAGUAGAAGACAGCAAGUCUCCAAUCAUGUUGAAAACUGAACUUGAUGAACAUUCUGGCCAAACUAAAACACAUCCACGUGGGAAAUUGACAAAGCCAUCUCUUAAGUUCCAAGCGCCAGUUGUUACACCUCAGCCGAAAAAAACAGCUGUUGUGGCAAAUUCUGACACGAACAAAGAGAAGGUGCUUGGUACAACAAAACAAACUGGACAAAACAAAGAAAUGAAAAAACUGCAAUUUGCAUUGUAUGGAUUCAAUAAUACCAACCGGAACAGAGUUAUUCAGUCCCAGGACCACAACAUGACAAAGUUGUCCACAGCUCCUGUUUACAUCACCGUUUCAAACAAACCUGAAAUUUCCAACAGCUACACAGAUGCACUUUCAGCUAAGCAAAAGGUCUAUAGCCAGUGGAGUAGCACAUUUGUGGAAACAAAAAAGAGUACCUCUUCACAUAAGAAAUGUCCAAAGCAUGUGAAAAAAGAAUUGAAAUCCAGGGGACACGCACUCAAAUGCCUUGUUAAAGACAGAUUAGCUAUAAAAGAAAAGCAGUUCACAGAUGGUGCAAAGCGUAAACAAAAUGUGGAAGAUUUUGUUGCUCCACAAGAAGAAAAAAAAUUUAAGUGUACCAUUAGUGAUGAAAACUUAUAAGCAUGCGAACACAAACUACCAGUUCUUAAGUAAUAUGUUGGAUUAGAAAGUAAGCUUGUACUGUAUGCUUCUUAGUGUCAAGUAACUCACUGCUUUCUGGUAAAUUGUAAAAUUUGAUCUUAUGGCUGAUGUCGGUGCUGAAUCCAGACUCUGGUCAUUUCUUUUUAUUUGUUUGAUGAAAGUGAAAGAGAAGGUUCUCUUUUAUUUUAUUUCCAACUCCAGUUACAUAAACUACUUGGAAUGGUUGUUUUGUCUAAUUGAUAUUAU